AUGUCCAUGUAUCUGGCCUUCAUGCCUGUGCCGGAGAAUUCAGUCCAAAACAUCCUUAUUUAUCAAAGAUAUCCGGUGGAACAGUCCAGAGCAGAGAACAGGUUUUGUUUACCUACUUGUCUUAUCUCCAAGGGCAACAGGGGUGGUCCUGGCCAGCCAGGCUUCGAGGGAGAGCAGGGUACCAGAGGUUCACAGGGCCCACCUGGUCCCAUUGGUCCACCAGGCCUGAUUGGGGAACAAGGAAUUCCUGGACCUCGGGGCAGUGGGGGAACUGCUGGGGCUCCUGGAGAACGUGGCAGAACUGGUCCACUGGGGAGGAAGGGUGAGCCAGGAGAGCCAGGGCCGAAGGGAGGCAUUGGGAACCGUGGACCCCGUGGUGAGACGGGAGAUGAUGGGAGAGACGGGAUUGGCAGUGAAGGACGUAUAGGCAAAAAAGGAGAAAGAGGCUUCCCUGGGUACCCAGGACCAAAGGGUACCCCUGGUGAGCCAGGGGCAGAUGGACCACCAGGACCCAAAGGCAUCAGAGGCCGAAGGGGAAAUUCAGGACCUCCGGGGGUUGUUGGACAGAAGGGAGACCCUGGCUACCCUGGGCCAUCUGGUCACAAGGGCAACCGAGGCGACUCCGUUGAUCAAUGCGCCCUCAUCCAAAGCAUCAAAGACAAAUGCCGUAAGUAGUCACCCUUCUGUCACC